CGGGCCGCGGGCCUCGGGCACGGUGGGGCGGGUUCCGCCGACGUCGGGCCGCUGCGGGCCCGGUGCGGACGGGCCUCCUGGUGGCCGUGCCGCGCUCUCCGCCCCUCGGCCUCCCCGCGUUUCGGGAAGAGCCAUUAUUUUCUUCUUGUUCUGGUGAUUCGCAGCUAAAGGUGAUAGGCAGGUGCGAGGGGUGUUCUGUGCAGCCCGCCCGGAGGUGAAUACUCGACUCGCCUCAUCGGCCGUUGUGUGACUGUAUGAUUUUAUGCCUAAAAUGACACACAGCGGUUGCCGUGUCCCCGAAGGCCUUUGAAAGGCGGCUGAGCGCUGUGUGCACUGCCGGCCCUAUAAAGAGUUUGCAAUGAAUGGUGAUACUCAGGCCGCAGUGGUGACGUCACCACCCCCAACUACAGCCCCUCACAAGGAGAGGUAUUUCGACAGAGUGGAUGAGAACAAUCCAGAAUACUUGCGAGAGAGGAACAUGGCACCCGAUCUUCGCCAGGACUUCAAUAUGAUGGAACAGAAGAAGAGAGUGUCCAUGAUUCUGCAAAGCCCUGCUUUCUGUGAAGAGUUGGAGUCGAUGAUACAAGAACAAUUUAAAAAGGGGAAAAACCCCACUGGCCUAUUGGCAUUGCAGCAGAUUGCAGAUUUCAUGACCACCAAUGUACCAAAUGUCUACCCAGCCGCUCCGCAAGGAGGGAUGGCCGCCUUAAACAUGAGUCUUGGUAUGGUGACUCCUGUGAAUGACCUCAGAGGAUCUGACUCCAUUGCAUAUGACAAAGGGGAGAAGUUGCUGCGGUGUAAAUUGGCAGCAUUUUACAGGCUGGCAGAUCUCUUUGGGUGGUCUCAGCUCAUCUACAAUCAUAUCACAACCAGAGUGAACUCGGAGCAGGAACACUUCCUCAUUGUACCUUUUGGGCUUCUUUACAGUGAAGUGACUGCGUCCAGCCUGGUUAAGAUAAAUCUACAAGGAGAUAUCGUGGAUCGUGGAAGUACAAACCUUGGAGUGAACCAAGCUGGCUUCACACUGCACUCUGCGAUUUAUGCCGCUAGGCCAGAUGUUAAAUGUGUUGUGCACAUCCACACCCCUGCGGGGGCUGCGGUCUCUGCCAUGAAGUGUGGCCUCUUGCCCAUCUCCCCAGAAGCGCUUUCCCUUGGAGAAGUGGCUUAUCAUGACUAUCAUGGCAUUCUGGUGGAUGAAGAGGAAAAGGUUUUGAUUCAGAAAAAUCUGGGACCCAGAAGCAAGGUUCUCAUUCUGCGGAACCACGGGCUCGUGUCAGUUGGAGAGAGCGUGGAGGAGGCCUUCUAUUAUAUCCAUAACCUUGUGGUCGCGUGUGAGAUCCAGGUUCGAACUCUGGCCAGUGCAGGAGGACCAGACAACUUAGUACUGCUGGAUCCUGGGAAGUACAAGGCCAAAUCCCGUUCCCCAGGGCCUCCAGCAGGGGAAGGCACUGCAUCACCUCCCAAGUGGCAGAUUGGGGAGCAGGAAUUUGAAGCCCUCAUGCGGAUGCUUGAUAAUCUGGGCUACAGAACUGGCUACCCGUAUCGAUAUCCUGCCCUAAGAGAGAAAUCUAAAAAGUACAGCGAUGUGGAGGUUCCUGCUAGUGUCACCGGUUACUCCUUUGCUAGUGAUGGUGACUCGGGCACUUGCUCCCCUCUCAGACACAGUUUUCAGAAGCAGCAGCGAGAGAAGACAAGAUGGCUGAACUCUGGCCGGGGUGACGAAGCUUCUGAGGAAGGGCAGAAUGGAAGCAGUCCCAAGUCGAAGACUAAGGUGUGGACGAACAUUACACACGAUCACGUGAAACCCUUGCUGCAGUCUCUCUCGUCCGGUGUCUGCGUGCCAAGCUGUAUUACCAACUGCUUGUGGACUAAAGAGGAUGGACAUAGAACUUCCACCUCUGCUGUCCCUAACCUGUUUGUUCCAUUGAACACUAACCCAAAAGAGGUCCAGGAGAUGAGGAACAAGAUCCGAGAGCAGAACUUACAGGACAUUAAGACUGCUGGCCCUCAGUCCCAGGUUUUGUGUGGUGUGGUGAUGGACAGAAGCCUCGUCCAGGAUGCACCCCUCUCUGACUGUACGGAAACUAUCGAAGGGCUCGAGCUUACAGAGCAGACCUUUAGUCCCGCUAAAUCUCUCUCUUUUAGAAAGGGGGAGCUGGUGACGGCCUCCAAGGCCAUCAUUGAGAAGGAGUACCAGCCCCAUGUCAUCGUGAGCACCACGGGCCCCAACCCCUUCAACACACUCACAGACCGCGAGCUGGAGGAGUACCGCAGGGAGGUGGAGCGGAAGCAGAAGGGCCCUGAAGACAAUCUGGAUGAGGCAACAGAGCAGAAGGAAGAGAGCCCUCCAGACCAGUCAGCUGUGCCCCACACUCCCCCCAGCACCCCUGUCAAGCUUGAAGAAGACCUCCAGCAGGAGCCUGCUUCCGGAGACGACAGUGAUGCCGCCACCUUCAAGCCGACUCUCCCUGACCUGUCCCCUGACGAGCCUUCAGAAGCACUUGGCUUCUCAGCUGUAGAGGAGGAGGAAGCCCAGGGCCCCCCAAGUCCCACCCCAGCCCCCACUGCUGACCCUGAGCCAGCCUCAGCCCCAGUGGCUGAGGAGGCAGCCCCCCCAGCUGCCGAGGAGGGGUCUACUGUGGAUCCUGGCAGCGACGGGUCUCCAGGCAAGUCCCCAUCUAAGAAGAAGAAGAAGUUCCGUACCCCUUCCUUCUUGAAGAAGAGCAAGAAGAGGAGCGACUCCUGAAGGCCCGCCCUGCAGUGUCACGCCUGCAGUGGCCCUGGCUCUGCCAGAGCCCUGUCUCUGUGUUCUGUCCUCCUGUGUAAUGGAAUGCAAAAAGCCAAGCCCUCCACAUAGCUAGGCCCUCCCGCGUGUGCCAGCCCCAUGCAGACCGGUGCUAACCGUGUGUGCUCGGCAUUCCCCACAGGGCUCACUGCCUGAGUUCUGGGGGAGGCGGGCCUCUAAGUCAUGGUCCUGGCCGGAAGGUACCAGAGGCUUCUGCCAGCUCUGGCACUGCCCCCCUGGACCUUGACCUUGCAUCAUCCUUCCUGUUGUGAAAUAACUGCUCAGCUUCCUCUUUCCCCCAAGGUGUCUCAGGUGACUGAAUCAGACUUGUGGCUUGGCUCAGUGACCUCCCUCCUUCCUGUACAUGGCCGUGGUGCUACGGAAACACUUGCAUGCCUGCCCUGUGGCCCAGGGUACCACGGUUGCUUUGAAGAGGUGGAUUUGGGCCUGAUGCUGUGCAUGGUCUGACAGACCACCCUCCACCACAACCAGAUUCAGGGGUUCACUGUUGAUCUUAUUCACUGGGGUCUCUGGAUUCCUGUCAUAGGGAAGGGAAUGCCAGGAGGAAGAGAGUCCUUUCUAGAAUUUUCCUUGGCAGGUUUGCAGUCUAGCCUCCCUUUUGACUAAAUGUGAACAGACCAGUUCUUUAGUUUCUUUCUAGAGCCUGUGGCAGACUACAGCAGAGCACUGUGUGCCUGUCAGUGGGGGGAGGGUUUGGAACCGAUGGGCAACCUGUUCCCACCUUAGGUCAGCCUGGAAAAUGCCCUGGUUCUGACAGAAGUGAACUCGAGAUGCAAGUCGGUCUCAGCGGCCCACCUAACCUCUAACCUCUGGCAUCCUUCUCUUUUGCUGUGAAUUUUCACUUAACUCACAUCCCUGGAAAAGGGCUUGAGGCUGCUCAGUGGGAGCCAGUGGAUGGCCAUAUGUCGUCCUCAAAGGUGGCUUGUGCCAGGAGCUGCUGGUAGCAGUGGGGCUGUGUCUUCAGCACGAAGGGCUGAAUGCCCAUGAUCCCACCGACACCGUGCCUGAGGGACCCGAGCUGGCAGCAGGGCGACCCAGGUCCUGCUGCCAAGGUGGCAUGAAGUUCCUCACCUUCAUCCUGGACUCUGCCUUCUGUCCCCACCCCUCUCCUGCCCUACGUAUGCAGUGACCUUCAGUUUUCACUUUUGUAGUCUGAUUCUUUGUAUCACAACAUGAAAUGUAGUUGCCUACACGACGCAGACUGCAGAUAGCCUGUGCGUCCUUUCCUCAUUGUAACGUUUUACUCACAAAUAAAACUCUUUAAGCAGUU